AUGGUCGAUGGAACCAACGUAGUUGGCUCUAUGAUCGAUGAAAGACCAUAUUCACAAAAGGCAUGGAAACUACCGGUAACAGAGCCAUCGCCGCGACUUUAUUUAUACAAUAGCUUUACACGGAAAAAAGAACUCUUUGUGCCAUUGAACCCCAAGCAGGUGAAAUGGUACAUUUGUGGACCUACGGUCUAUGAUUCUUCACACAUUGGACAUGCACGAGCUUAUCUUUCUUUCGACAUUCUACGACGUGUUUUACAAGAUUACUUUGGUUAUGACAUACAGUACAUAAUGAAUAUAACAGAUGUUGAUGACAAAAUUAUUAAGAGGGCUCGUCAACUGUAUUUGUUAGAAAAUUAUAUUUCUGGAACGUUUGGAGAACUUUCAAUGACCAAGGUCAUCGAAGACACUCUGUUAGCAUUGGAUAAAUUCAAGAGCAAAUGUAUUGAUGAAACUGAUCCAGAUAAAAAAAGCAUGUUGGCUGAUAUGUGUGCAGAAGUGAAUGUUGCUGUAAAAAAGCUAGAGUGUUCGUUGCUACAAUCGGAACAAGAAACAGAGAAGUCAAAGAAUGAAUUGCUAGGUGCUGCAAAGGAUGUUCUUUCAGAUUGGUUAGAUUCGCUUUACAAGCAUACAGUUAGCGACUUGGCUGUCUUCGAUCGUCUUGCUAAGAAAUAUGAAAACGAAUUUCUCUGCGAUAUGGCCUGUUUAAAUGUGCUACCACCAACUGUUUUGACUCGGGUUUCAGAAUAUGUUCCUGAGAUUAUUGCAUACGUAGAGAAAAUAAUAGAUAAUGGCUACGGAUACGUCACUAAAGACGGUUCGGUUUAUUUCGACACGGUGAAGUUUGAUAAUAGUGAGAAACAUAGCUAUUGCAAAUUGGUACCAGAAGCAUUUACUGAUAAUGAACAACUGAUGAAAAAUAUGCGGGAAAGUGAGGGAGAUUUGAGUAUGGGCAAUUUGCAAUAUAAAAGGAAUGUUACUGACUUUGCGCUGUGGAAAUCCUCGAAAGAUGGUGAGCCAUACUGGAAUAGUCCUUGGGGAAAAGGUCGACCGGGUUGGCAUAUCGAGUGCUCAGCAAUGAGUUCAAAAAUCUGUGGCUCUUCUUUAGAUAUUCAUGCUGGUGGUUUUGAUUUGAAAUUUCCACAUCACGAUAAUGAAAUAGCACAGGUGGAAGCUCAUUAUGAUAUUGAAAAUUGGGUCAAUUACUUUUUGCACUGUGGUUCACUUCGAAUUGCUGGUUUAAAAAUGUCCAAAAGUCUCAAAAAUUUCAUAACGAUUCGCGAGGCAUUGAAACAUUAUUCUGCUCGACAAUUGAGGAUAUUAUUCCUAAUGCAUAAUUGGAGUGAUAUUCUUGAUUAUAGUCAUGCUUCUAUGGAAAGAGCUUUGCAGUUUGAAAAAAUCACCAAUGAAUUUUUCUUAGUCAUUAAGGAUUACUUGCGAAAGCAUUAUAAGCCGAAUAAUAGUGAAAGUUAUCAAAAAUAUGUUGAUGUGGAAUUAGUUUUGGUCGAUAAUUUUUGCAAAGUUAAAACUGAGAUAAACUUAGCAUUGUGUGAUUCGGUCGAUACACGAACAGUAAUUGAAAAGUUGCGGGAAUUGAUUGGCAUAGGAAAUUCUUACAUCAGUGAAAUGGAGAAAAAGAAUCGCGUUCCAAAUUGCUUAUUAUUGCGAAAUAUUGCAUUAUACAUGACAUGGCUGCUUAAAAUAUUUGGAGUCAUACCUCAAAAUGUUGAUAUUGGUUUUCCAAUAAAACAGAAUGAAAUGUCGAGUUAUGAUAUUUCGAUCGCAUCCAAAGAAGACUUACUUAUGCCAUAUCUAACAGCACUUGUCGAUUUCCGUGAAAAUGUUCGAAAGGUGGCUCGUGAACAAAAAAUUAAUGAGAUUCUGGAAGAAUGCGAUAGAUUACGAGAUGAACUUCUGCCGGAAUUAGGUGUACGACUUGAAGAUCGAACUGCUCAAACAUGUGUCAAACUUACUGAUAAAGAAACUCUGUUGCGCGAGCAAGAACAGAAGAAGGCUAUUGAAGCUGCAAAAGAAGAGGAAAGACGCCGAAAGCAAUGCGAAAAAGCGGAAAAAGAAGCAUCGAAGCGUAUACCACCUUGGGAAAUGUUUAAGCAAGGCAAAGAGGCUGCAAAAUUCUUGAAAUACGAUGAUAAGGGAAUACCGACGCAUCUUGCUAACGGUGAAGAAAUCUCGAAAAAACAGCGGAAGAAGCUGGAGAAGUUGUAUGAGACACAGCAGAAAAAUUAUGAACAGGCCAGUAUUGAUAAUAUUAUCAAAUUUUUGAAUGAUGGAGCUGUGGUACCAAAUGUGGAUGUUGUAGUUGCACCGCCUGCACCAUAUUUGUCGUAUGUUAAGGAGAAAAUUAAGAGUGGCAUCGAAGUAUCGGCGCAGAACUGUUACAAGGUUGCAAAGGGCGCAUUUACUGGUGAAAUUUCCCCGGCAAUGAUCAGAGACUUAGGGCUGCACUGGGUCAUUUUGGGACACUCCGAACGACGUCAUAUUUUUGGUGAAUCCGAUGAGCUAAUCGCGGAAAAAGUUGUGCAUGCAAUCGAAAAUGGUCUACAAACUAUCUUUUGUUGUGGUGAAAAGUUGGAUGAACGAGAAGCUGGAAAAACGAAAGAUGUCAACUUCCGACAACUUCAAGCACUCAUCGAUAAAAAGGCGGACUGGGCUAAAAUUGUAAUAGCUUAUGAGCCUGUUUGGGCAAUUGGAACCGGAAAAACAGCUUCACCAGAACAAGCCCAAGAAGUACAUGAUUGGAUUCGAGAAUUCCUGAAAGAAAAAGUAUCUGCAGAUGUAGCUCAAAAAACGCGAAUCCUUUAUGGAGGAUCGGUAACUGCUGAAAAUGCGGCUGAUCUGGCGAAAAAACCAGAUAUUGACGGUUUCCUGGUUGGCGGCGCUUCACUGAAGCCUGAUUUUAUUAAAAUUAUUCAUGCUCGCGGUUAA